GUGGGAAAUCUGGGUGGCGUCCUAAACUUCAAUCAACGUGCUUAGUGGUGAAGGGAACUUCUUUGUAUAUGAUAAGAUUUCCUGCCCACUAAAGUUUAUGACUUCAUAUAUAUAUAUAUAUACACACACACACAGUCCAGAGAUCCUGAGUUUCAUUGUCCUACAAACAGAUUAACAACAUAGCAAUCUAGAGAGCAUUCAAGAGAAUUCCUAUUGUUUUCUCUUCCAUGAUGACAAAGACAGACACACAAGAGAACCAACCUCCAGCAGGGUAUCCUACUCAGAAUCCCCCGGCUGGGAAGAAGAAGUGGUUCACGCGUACAAAGAAGAAAGGGGAGAGAGGCUUUAUUGAGGGAUGCCUCUUCGCUCUAUGUUGCUGUUGGCUCUGUGAAGAAUGCUUCUGCUGAACAGUGAUUUCAAGGAUUAUAAUGUUUUAUGUUUGGUUUGAUUGCGUUGAGAAGGGAUAGUUGUUUAUUACUACUAUUCUGUGUGUAUGAUUAUCCCUUGUAAUAAAUAUUAACAGUUUUAAAACUACUUUGGAACCUACAUACACAGAUCUUCAUGAUCCCUCCUGGCUACAAACAAGUUUAUAUUUACUAGACGUUUCCUUUCCCUUUUCUUUCUUUUUCUUCAAUAUUACUGCCCA